AAUGAUUACAAAUAAAAAAGGGGCAAUAAUGUCAUUCAGACCACACAUGCCACCAAGACAAACCCAGCCUCGUCGCACGUGCGUAAGAAAAAGUCCCACGCCAGCGAGCCCCAGCUACGUGGCGCACCAUAACCAGCCACGUCAGCAUCUCGUCCUCGAUAUGGUCGAAGGCACAGUUUCAAAAAUUUACCACAAAUCUCAACGGUCGGAUACACUGUUCAACCCCUUAAUCUCAGCCGUCGGAUUCCACAUAUUAUCGCUCCACCCCCUUUUGUCCGAAACCCCACCGUGCACACUCACACACACACACACACACAGUAAACGCACCCACUGACUUACCAUAUACUAUUUGGAUACGUCCGUUUUAAUUGCCAAUACAUUACACACAGUACCUUCUAGAGAGAGAGAAUUCUGACAUUUUUUUCUUCUACGAGGAGAGAGAGAGAGAGAGAGAGAGAGAGAGAGAUUUUGAAAUUGUUUGAAAUUGUUAAUGGUGUAAUAACUUGACUACUAUUUUUGCUCUCAAUUUCUAUUCUUUGGGAUUCCUCUGUUUCUCUCUCUGCUAGCUACACAAAGAAAAAGUAGAGAAGAAAGCAGUGGGCUUUGGUGUAUGAGGAAAAGGUGUUAGAGAGUGCCUUGAAUGUUAGCCAAAAGACAAGAGCAAAUUGAGUUCUGAGUGAUAAAAUAAUUUGAAUUCGAAUCAUGGUUGAAGAGGGUGGUCAGAAUUCCGCGGUGGACGAUAGCAUAUCAACCGAAGAAUGGCUAUCUUGUGCACAAGCCCUCGUUCCAACGGCGCUGAAAAAGGCCAGAGAAGUAAAGGGUUUCCCUAGUAGAUGGAAAAUGAUCAUUUCGAAAUUGGAAAAAAUCCCGUCAAAAUUAUCGGAUUUAUCCAGCCACCCUUGUUUCUCGAAGAACGCGCUUUGCAAGGAGCAGCUCCAUGCUGUUUCAAACACACUAAACGAAGCAAUCGGGCUUUCAGAAAUAUGUUUGAGCGAAAAGUACGAGGGAAAACUCCGAAUGCAGAGCGAUCUCGAUUCCCUCAUCGGAAAACUCGAUUUAAACCUACGCGACUGCGGCCUCUUGAUCAAGACAGGUGUCCUCGGCGAGGUGUCGUUCCCAUCUCUUCCCGAGGGUGAAAGCGUAAAUUUACGGGAAUUGCUGGCUCGCCUCCAAAUCGGGCACUUGGAGGAUAAGCACAAAGCCCUCGAUAGCUUAGUGGAAGUUAUGAAGGAGGAUGAAAAGAACGUCUUGGCUGUGAUUGGACGGAGCAAUAUAUCGGCCCUCGUCCAAUUGCUGACCGCCACGUCACCGCGGAUCAGGGAGAAGACGGUAACCCUAAUAUGCUCGCUGGCGGAGUCCGGAAGCUGCGAGAGCUGGCUCGUGUCGGAGGGGGUGCUCGCCCCCCUCAUACGACUCGUAGAGUCGGGAAGUUCGGUCGGUAAAGAGAGGGCGGCGAUUUCACUCCAACGCCUCUCGAUGAACGGGGAAACCGCCCGUAUGAUCGUGGGCCACGGGGGGGCGCGUCCGUUGAUCGAGAUCUGCCGCUCCGGCGACUCCGUCUCGCAGGCGGCGGCGGCGUGCGCGCUGAAGAAUAUUUCGGCAGUACCGGAGGUCCGGCAAACCCUAGCCGAAGAAGGUAUUGUGAAAGUGAUGGUGAAUCUUCUAGAUUGCGGGAUUCUUUUGGGGGCGAAGGAAUAUGCCGCCGAGUGUCUUCAAAAUCUCACUUCUAGCAAUGAAGACCUAAAAAGAUCGGUUAUUUCCGAAGGUGGAUUGAAGAGUCUUUUAUGCUACUUAGACGGACCGCUGCCUCAAGAAUCGGCGGUCGGGGCGGUGAGGAAUCUUGUGGGGUCCGUCUCGACGGAGGUUUUAUUCUCCGCUGGGGUCCUACCGAGGCUCGUGCACGUGUUGAAAUCCGGUUCUAGUGGGGCCCAAUUGGCCGCUGCUUCCGCCAUGUGUCGGAUUUGUGGCCACUCGAUCGAGAUUAAAAAAUCAAUCGGUGAAAUCGGUGCGAUCCCGUUUCUCGUGAGGAUGUUGGAGGCGAAGGGUAACAGUGCGAGGGAAGUUGCGGCUCAAGCGAUUGCGAGUCUUAUGAGCGUUGCAUACAACUGUAAAGAAAUCAAGAAAGAUGACAAGAGCGUGACGAAUUUGGUGGCAUUGCUCGAUCCGAGCCCACAAAAUUCGGCGAAGAAGUACGCGGUUUUGUGUUUAGGGUUGCUUUCGACGAGCAAAAAGUGUAAGAAGCUGAUGGUUUCGUAUGGGGCGAUUGGUUACUUGAAGAAGUUGAGUGAGAUGGAGAUCCCGGGUGCGAAGAAGCUUCUUGAACGUCUCGAGAGAGGGAAAUUGAAGAGUAUGUUCACCAGGAAGUAGUUUUCUUCUUUAUUUUUUUGUUGUUGUUGUUGUAACAUUAUUGUUAUUAUUAAUUUCUUUUUUAUUGUUGGAUGCUUUGUUUAGUUCAUUUACUGAAUGAAACGAAACGAAAGUAGUGACAGCAAUCAAUCCUGGUAUUUAAUGUUAUGUGUAAAGGAAUAAUUAUAUGAACUUUCUUAUGACAUGUUCUUGCAUGUUUUUAAG